AUGGCCAUCGAGUCUCUCAUGGAACGUCGAGGGACAUUUGACUACAUUCUGUUGGAAACAACCGGCCUGGCCGACCCUGGCAACAUCGCGCCGCUCUUCUGGGUAGACGACGGCCUGGGCAGUUCAAUCUACCUGGAUGGGAUCGUCACGCUCGUGGACGCAAAGAACAUCCUGCGUCUCCUUGACGAGCCGGCCCCCGAAGAGACGACGCACGCAGGACAUGAAGACCACUCCGGUCCCGCCCUGACCAUGGCACAUCUUCAAAUCUCCCACGCGGACGUGAUCAUCCUCAACAAGAGCGACCUCGUCCCGCCAGAGGAGCUGGAGCAGGUCCGCCAGCGGGUCACGUCGAUCAACGGCGCGGCCAAAAUCCACGUUACGGAUCACAGUCGGACGCCGCAGAUCGAGGGCGUGGUGCUGGAUCUGCACGCGUACGAUCAUCUGUCCAGUCUCGACUUCCGGGAGAAAGGCCAUGCUCACAUUGACCCGAAAAUCUCCACCAUCGCCAUCACACAUCCGGCGAUCUCAGCGGAGAAGAUUCCGCAGGUUGAUGCCUGGCUGCGUUCCGUGCUGUGGGAGAACGUCCUGCCUCCGUCACCGUCUACUGGUGAGAGUGACGAUGCUCCUCCCCACCCAACAGACUUUGAGAUCCAUCGCCUGAAGGGCAUCCUGGCUCUGGAUGACGGCUCCUUCAAAGUCAUCCAGGCCGUUCGAGAGGUGUUUGAGAUCCGCGAUUCGGAGAACCGCCGCGAUGCUCCAGACCACUGCAAGAUCGUUCUCAUCGGGCGUGGCCUGGGUGCCAGCAUUACGCCGUGGGAGCGUAGUUUCCGGUCAUUUCUUGAGCAGGCUGGGUAG